AUGCAGAAUGCUUGGCAUUGCAAAGUCUUCAGACACCAGAAGUCAUUGUUCACCGAGCUCUACAUAACAAAUCACUUUCGGGCCAUCUUUAACCUCUUCUUUGUAUUGUCUGUCUGUCAUGCGCUGCACCAUUUCGCCUACUCGAUCACAGAGACCAGCGGCACAGGUCACAAUUAUGGUCUCAGCAACUCCACCUCUUACCUGAGAGCAUGUGGUCUUCUGGUAUGGAGUCAAAUCACCCCUUUGUGUUAUGGUAUGUCUUCAGCCCUCAAUUUCUGGAUUGGCCUGCUAGUCUUCGCCUAUCUGGGACCUGUUUUGGGCUUGCAUUUAUGGCAAUCAGCACGCAGAGUUGUCAGGGCUCGUACACUAGUCGAUGAACUGGGUCUUUUCGCCUACAUCCUCUUUCAGGUAGGCCGAACCAUAACACUGAGAUGUGGCGUAACUGUAGGAUAG